ACUUCAGCAUUCAGCAAUUCAGCACAUCUGUCAAGCACUGUUGAUGAAAGUAUUUCAACGAAAAGCAUCCUCGAGAUUUUUCGAAUUUAAUCAACUCUCGUAAGGAGGUGAGAACGUACCGCGCCCCGGUAGAUAAAAUAUGUUUCCACGCGCAAUUUUCCAUUUUCGCCAGUCAUCCUACAGCUUAGGUAGAAAUGUGCUAUUAAAUUCUAAAACGAUUGGAAAAGCUGAAACUGCCAAGAUCGUGAGCACGAUUCCUAGGAGAUAUUUUGGCAGCAGCGGACUUCUUCGGAGGGCAAACGAAACUUUUGACGAUUUCCGAGCGCGUGAAGAAAAGAAAGAACAGGAAUAUGCAAAACAGCAACAGUCAGCGACAGGUGCGACGGGUACGAGUUCCAACCCACAUACAGACACAUUUUCAUCUACCGCGGACGAUGGGGAACCGUCCGAUCCUGGCGUGGAACGCACCAAAGCAAUGAUACUGGAUGCAGCGUUAGCAUUUGUACAAUCACAUGGCUGGUCGAUACAGGCCAUCGCAAAGGGAGCUGAAGCAGUAAACUAUCCCAGCGUUAGCCACGGGUUGUUUCCACGCGGUGGAAUAGAGCUCGUGCAUCAUUUCUACAAGCAGUGCAAUUUAAAACUCAUCGACUACCUCAAACAAGAGACGGCGGACGUGGAAAAGGUUCCAAACCCAUCGGAUUUUGCACGCAAAGCGAUUGAAUAUCGGCUCCGUUUGCUCGAACCGUACCUGAAGUAUUGGCCACAGGCACUCGGACUGAUGGCGCUACCGCCGAACGCACCACACUCGUUGGCGAACGUGCUAACGCUGGUGGACGACAUUUGCUACUAUGCAGGAGAUCGUUCGGUCGAUUUUAACUGGUAUACACGACGCAUUGGGUUAGCGUGUAUCUACAAAACGGCAGAACUGUACAUGCUGCAGGAUACUUCGCCCGGUUUCGAAAAAACGUGGAAAUUUCUCGAACGCCGUAUGGAAGAGGCUAGCUUAGUGCACGAGUUUUUGGUCAAAUCAGAAGAUGCUACGCAUCAUCUGCAAAACGCCGUUGGUUCGGCCUUCACAACGGCACGUAACAUUCUUGGGUUAAACUUUGAUCGUCGAUGAUAUGACUAGCGUGUUUGCGCACUGUACGGGACGCGACAGAAACGAAAAGGAAGGUAUUCCUCGCAGUUAGACAAAGUCAUUGCACAGUCAUUAUGCAUUCAGUAUACCAAAAAUAUUUGGCUCAGGAAUGACAGAAAUAAAAGAAUCGAGUAAUUAAAGAAAAAA